AUGAAAUCCAGUGAACGAUUCAAUCGUUUCUACGCAAACCAUUUCAAGGAUACACAAGAGCUCAGACUCAGGGAUUCAGUGCUCAGCCGUCAGAGCCUAUGGAAAUAUCAAACAAGUGGUUUGACAUCACGGCUGACGACAAUCGCGUUUGCCUUUCCUCUGGUGAAGGCGUGGGGAAGUCGUAACCCAAAGGACGAAGAGAGGAAAGUUCUGGAGGAAACGGACCGUCUGUUCGAUGACAACCAAUUCGACAAACUCUACGAAAUACUGAGAUCCCAGCCCUCGUGGUAUGACAACUGCGAUGUCUUGUGGCGAGUGGCCAGAUGUGAGUUUCAUCUGAGCAAACGACAGCCAGAAAAGAGCAAAGAGGCCGUCGCUCUGCUGGAGGAGGCGCACAGACAUGUCAUCAAAGCCCUGGAACUGUGCCACGAGUGCGGGCCCGCACACAAGUGGGCGGCGAUACUACUGAACGCUGUGUCCACUCUGAAGGGCAGCCGUGAGAAAGUGGAACAAGUGUUGAAUGUGAGGAUACAUAUGGAGAAAGCCAUCAAAUACUCGCCCAACGAUCCGACCGCUCACUACCUGUUAGGCGAAUGGCAUUACUCUGUGAAUCAGGUCUCGUGGGUCGAGAGGAAACUGGCCGGUGUCAUAUACGGGUCACUACCGGAAGCCAACCUUGAGAUCGGUCUACAGAUUCUCGAGAGGGCCGAAGAGAUUGAGAAAGACUUUUACUCCAAGAAUAAAGUUCUGAUCGCAAAGACAUUGGUUGCUCUGAACCGAGACAUCGAAAGGGCUAAGUCUCUGCUGAUUACAGUGAUUGGCAGAUAUAAGACAUCAACCAAAUGGGAUGACAUCGAGGUAUAG